GGUCGCCAUAAGACAGACUCAUUUGUACUUUUGUACAUGAAGGUUUCACAUCUAAUGCGAAAAUAGAGAAAGGGAAUUAAAAGUUAAUAUAUUAACGAAGUUAAAUACUAAAAAUGAAGAUUUUAAUGAGAGCUGAUACACACUGUAGUAUCAUAGUGGGUGAAAGUGACUAUGGCAAACCAAAGUAUACAUUUUCGCAGGUACUGGCAGCUAUUGGAGUCUCGUUGGGUUCAAUGAUAGUUGGUUUCUCUUCAGCUUACACUUCACCAGCACUUGCUACUAUGAAAAAUUCAACUACUAUUUCGGUGUCCGAAGAAGACGCCAGUUGGGUCGGCGCGUUACUACCUUUGACUGCAGCGAUCGGGGGCAUUAUCGGUGGACCUCUGGUAGAUUACUUAGGACGUCGUAGAACGUUAAUACUGACUGCAAUACCGUUUGCUAUCGGAUGGAUUCUGAUAGCCUCAGCAAACAUUGUCCACUUGGUACUUGUGGGACGAGCAAUUUGCGGUUUAUGCGUUGGAAUUGCAUCAUUAGCUUUUCCAGUUUAUCUGGGUGAAACCAUUCACCCAGAAGUAAGAGGUACAUUAGGAAUAUUGCCUACAGCAAUCGGAAACAUCGGAAUCCUCAUAUGUAACGCAGCGGGUAAAUAUUUAGACUGGUCAGCACUGGCAUAUUUGGGGGCUGCUCUCUCUGUUCCAUUUCUUAUCUUAAUGCUACCUUUACCAGAAACGCCGCGUUGGUAUUUAUCGCAAAGUAAGACAGAAGAUGCCCGGAAAGCACUACAAUGGCUUCGAGGAAAGCAUGCAAACAUUGAUAACGAAAUGCAAGACAUAGCUUUAUCCGAUGCCGAGAUCCAAAACCAGUCAUCGUUUAGAGAUAUAUUUGAUAAAAAAUAUCUAAAAUCGAUUUCAAUUUGUCUUGGUUUAAUGGCUUUUCAGCAAUUUUCUGGGAUAAAUGCUGUCAUAUUCUAUACGGUAGGAAUAUUUAAAAUGGCCGGGAGUUCUGUAGAUGAGAAUUUAUCUGCGAUUAUUGUAGGUGUCGUUAACUUUGUAUCAACGUUCAUCGCCACAGGAAUCAUUGAUAGAGCGGGUCGAAAACUAUUAUUGUACAUUUCUUCAGUUACAAUGACUGUAACAUUAAUGGUAUUAGGUACAUUUUUCUAUGUGGUUAAUUUAGAAACGACAAGUUUAGGUUGGAUACCUCUUACAUGUAUAAUGGUUUAUUUGCUUGGAUUCUCAUUAGCUUUUGGGCCAAUACCAUGGCUUAUGAUGGGUGAAAUUCUACCUGCUAAAAUAAGAGGAGCUGCAGCUUCAAUGUGUACUUCAUUUAAUUAUUUAUGUUCGUUUAUAGUUACAAAAACGUUCUAUAACCUCGUAAAAGCGAUAGAACCAUCGGGUGCAUUUUGGUUAUUCGGUAGCAUUUGUUUUACAGGACUAUUUUUUGUGAUCAUAUGUGUACCUGAGACGCGAGGUAAAAGUCUCGAACAAAUAGAAAAUAAACUAACACGUAGGCGUAACAGAUCACGAAGAUUAAGUUCAAUAGUAAAUAUUAAACCACUGCCAAGUGGUUGUUAAUAGUUUGUUUGCUUUACCACAUAUAUAAAUUAUAUAAGGAAAAUCAAUUUAUAUGCAACGGCGUUUUUGUAGCUUAAAAUAAAAAUAAAUUCAACCUGUUUCUAGUCUAAGUCUAUACUAGAAUGUUUAACUUAAAUCUAAAAUCCAAAAGGUGUCAUUUUCUGUAUGAAUUUUGACAGCUCUCAAGAUUGCAUUGUGACUUGAGAUACAAAGUAAAUUGAGAUAAUUGAAUGUAUUUUUAAAAUUUAAUGACUUUAUAAAAAGGUGUUAAAUAUGAAGUUAUCAUUUUGAGUUACUAACUAGACAGUAUAGUGCCCAAACUCAAAAACAAUUAAAAUUGUUCAGUGUAAGCAAAGUAAUAAAACAUUCAUUCAUUUGUUUUUAACAGAUGUCACAGUUUGUGUUAAUUACAGUUGAUCUGUGAAACAUGUGCAAUACAAAAUUGUUUAAGACAUAAAGUCUAUGAUAAUGUUUACCUUAUAAAAUAAUAUUAUAUGCAUCUGCAGUAAAAAUUGUAACAUUUUAUAUUAACAUGGUAAUUUUCUCAAAUAUUUGAGAUAAAAAUUAGGUUUUAGCAAACAAAAUACAGUUAACCAACCUCAAUAUAUAUAAAUAUUUAAAUUAUUAAGUUUCAUGUACUGUACCAAUUGUUUUGAAGAACCUGCUUUCUAAAUAUAUCUUUAUAAGCUUAGAAAUAAACCAAAAACAUAAUAUAAUAUAGGUAAUUGUACUUAUUUAUUACUGUUUUGUAAG